UCGAGGGCAGGAGGUGGUCAGUGCGGUGGGGGCCCGGGCUCAGUAAAGACUGGCUGGCUGCCGCGGGCACACGGGUCCCAAGGGUCUGACGGGUCUCCUGCUGCAGCACGCGACGCCGCCCUUCCCGAGGGUCGCCGCACCAUGGGGUGGCUCCCAGCCCCCACCCGGCGGCCUCCCCCGCUCCCCUCAUCCCUCUCCCUCCUCCUAGGUUUCCUCUUCUUGGUGGCUGUUGUCUUGCCUGGCGUGACAGCAGAGCCCGAACCCAAACCCAAACCCCAGCAGGAAGAUUACUACGACUAUGAUUAUGAUGGAGAUUACAAUUACCCAGAGUACAAUUAUGAGGAGGGCGGUUACGACGACUAUGGCCCCGAGGACACUGCUCCUUAUGACCCCUACGCCACCCCUGCCCCUGUCUACCAACCCCCUUAUGACCCCUAUGGAUUAGACCCCCCCGUCACUGAUCCCCCUCCCCCUCCCCCUCCCCCGACCACCACCACCACCACCACUACCACGACCACGACUACCCGUCCUCCCCCUCCUCCUCCCCCUCCCACCACCACAACCACCACCACCUCCACCACCACUACCACUCCCCCUCCUCCCCCAAGACCCCGAAGAGUGGAAGUGAGUUAUGAGAGGAGAGUGUCCUCGGAGCGAAGAGGCGGAAGGAGAAGAGAAGGUGAAAGAGGACAAGCAGCCGCGAGGGGAGAGGAAGAGGAGCCUCCCCCAGACCUGGUCCGGCCUACUUCCCCUGAGUCUGGCUACGGCGUCUCCACCACGGGAGUUCAAGGCCCUGAGGGACCCCAGGGUGAACAGGGCCAGGCAGGGUCUCCAGGAAACCCAGGAAUCCCCGGUGACCCUGGACCACCCGGACCCAUGCCUGACAUCACACCAUGGCUGACGCAGCUCUCCCAGUCCCAGGGCGGCGAGAAGGGCCCCGGAGGGGUCAUUGGCCCUGGCGCAUUCAACUACUUGCAGUCGCAGGUCGGCCCCGUCGGUCCCAGAGGAAGCCCAGGUGAGAGAGACCCCCCCGGUCCCCAAGGGUUCCAGGGUAUGCGAGGUGAGCCCGGUGAUCCAGGUUCCGUUGGUUCCCCAGGACCCCCAGGGCCCCGGGGCAUGCCUGGCAUUCCCGGCAAGGACGGCGACAAUGGCGAUGAUGGCUCCCCUGGCCCCCCUGGUGCUGUGGGUCCCCCUGGUCCACGCGGCCUUCCCGGCAUGCCAGGUCUGCCCGGCGUGAAGGGCCACCGCGGCUUCCCGGGUUUGGACGGGUCCAAAGGAGAGCAAGGAAAAUCUGGAAACAAGGGCUCCAGCGGGCCGGGUGGUCCCCCAGGUCCCAUCGGUCCCAUGGGUUCAGCUGGUCCUCGGGGUGAGCGAGGGCGUGAGGGACCCCCUGGUCCUCCUGGUCUGAGGGGUAUCGACGGCAUUGCAGGUCCUCCAGGACCAAGUGGUCCUCCUGGAAAGUCUGGACCACCUGGCUUCCCUGGUAGUUCUGGAGCCAAGGGCGACCAGGGCGUGCAAGGGCCCAAGGGAUCCCAGGGUCUCCAGGGACCACGAGGUGAGGCUGGCAAGCCAGGCACCCCCGGCGAGCGCGGCCCCCAGGGCGGUCCCGGCAAGGAUGGUCUCAUUGGUGAGAAAGGCGCACCAGGAUCCCAAGGCGACUCUGGUCCUCCCGGCUUCCCUGGAGCUCGAGGUCCUCCUGGACUCCCUGGCAGCCCCGGCCUGCCUGGCAACAAAGGAGAACGGGGUCUGGGAGGAGUGCGAGGUUUCAAAGGAGAGUCUGGCAUGAAGGGAGAGUCUGGCACUCCAGGCCCUAGGGGACUCCCUGGACCGCCAGGAUCUUCAGGAAAACGAGGCAAGAGAGGUAUGCGAGGAUCCCCUGGUGGAAUGGGUCUGCAGGGAGAGCGAGGACCCACUGGUGGCCGAGGCCUUCCUGGUGCUGAUGGACCUCCUGGACCCAAGGGUCAGAGUGGAGAUCCAGGUCCCCCAGGCAGCUCUGGGCAGAAAGGUCGUGAGGGAAAUCCUGGACCACCGGGUCUUCCAGGCCGACAGGGACUUAGAGGUCCAACUGGUCUCUCUGGUCCUCCUGGAAAGACAGGUAGACCAGGAUCUAGGGGACCACCUGGAGCUGAUGGCAAGCCUGGUGAUCAGGGGCCACAGGGCAUUCAAGGUCUUCCAGGACCUAUGGGACCACCAGGACCUCUUGGACAAAUGGGUGAAUCUGGUAAGGAUGGCAAUCCUGGUGAGUCAGGCCCUCCUGGACCCCGUGGUGACCCAGGCAAGGAUGGCGACCAAGGCUCCAUUGGUCCACCCGGUCCUACAGGAAGCCCAGGAGAGAGGGGACCACCCGGUUCCCCUGGUGCUCGUGGCUUCCAGGGUCUUCCUGGUGCACCAGGUCUUGCUGGAUCCAGUGGCAAGGAUGGAGAAAUUGGCAUGCAGGGUCCACGGGGUCUUCCUGGCACUGUAGGUCCUCGUGGUAAUAGAGGCUUCCCCGGAGAGCGUGGGGCCCAAGGUCCCCCAGGAGAAAGUGGCAAGCGUGGAGAGUCCGGACAAACAGGUUCUGAUGGUCCACCAGGUCCCCCAGGUCCUUCAGGACAGAAGGGACAUUCUGGACCCUCCGGCCUUGUGGGUCUGCCUGGAGGUCGUGGUCCCCCUGGUAUGCCAGGAGAAAAAGGUGAGCGUGGCUCUUUUGGUCCCCUUGGCCCUGAAGGUCCCCCAGGCCGUCAGGGUGACCAGGGUCCUCAAGGAAUAAUGGGACCAGUUGGACCUCCUGGAGAGCCAGCAGAUAAGGGAGAUCCAGGUCCUCCUGGUCCUCCUGGUGAGCCUGGUGCCAACGGCUUAACAGGAGAACGUGGAACUCAGGGAGAGCAGGGCCUGCAAGGCUUUCCAGGACCAAUUGGACCUCCAGGACUUCUAGGACCAAAAGGACAACGAGGCCUUCCAGGACAGAAGGGCUCCCAGGGUAAUCCUGGCUCCAUAGGACCGCCUGGAGAACAGGGAGCUCAAGGUCUGGUGGGUCUGAGGGGCACCAAGGGACAGCGAGGCGAGCCAGGGAAGCGCGGUGAUGCAGGUCUGAUGGGUCCUCCUGGACGUCCUGGCAACUCAGGCUCACCUGGUUCUCAAGGAGAUCAAGGUCGCCCCGGCACAGCAGGCACCCCCGGCAUUAAGGGAUCUCCUGGUGACUCAGGCCGACCAGGCUUACCUGGACCUACUGGGCAGCCUGGAGCCCCUGGACCAGAAGGACCCAAAGGAGAGUCUGGUCCAGAGGGUCGUCCUGGCCCUGUUGGCCAACCGGGUCCCGUUGGCUCAGCAGGAGAGCGAGGUCUGCCAGGCCUGCCUGGCCCACCUGGUCCUGCUGGCCGUCAAGGAAAACAAGGCGACCGUGGAGAAAGUGGUCCUGAGGGUAAGCGAGGUGAUGAGGGUCCCAUCGGGCCACCUGGUCUUGCUGGUCCAAUUGGCCCCAUCGGUAUUCCUGGUGAAACUGGUUCUCCUGGCUCUGAUGGUAAGCCUGGACCUCCCGGUAUUUCUGGCCGCACUGGAGACAAGGGACCCCAGGGAUCUCCUGGUCCACAGGGUGGUCCUGGUCCAUCUGGUCUGCCUGGUCCUCCCGGCCCUUCAGGACCCAUUGGUCCCACUGGAGAACGUGGAGAGCGAGGAGAGAUUGGUCCCCAGGGUGUGGAGGGCCCUCGUGGUCCCAGAGGAAAGCCAGGAGCUCCUGGGUCUCAGGGUGAGAAGGGAGAAACAGGCAACAGCGGCCCUAAGGGAGCCAAGGGCCAUCGUGGUCUCGUUGGUCUGCAAGGUCUCCCUGGACCCCAAGGUGGUAGGGGUGAUAAAGGUCUCCCAGGCAUGGCAGGUCCUCCUGGUCCUGCAGGUGAGCCUGGUCCUAAAGGUCCCCCUGGUCGUGAUGGAGGUCUUGGACUUCAGGGUGUCAUGGGUCCUCCAGGUCCUCGUGGUCCUGCUGGUGAGAGUGGCAACUCUGGUCAACCUGGCCCACCUGGUCCCGUUGGUCCUCCUGGUCCUCCUGGAGAGUCCAUGGGCUAUGGGGUAGAGGUGCUGACAGCUCUGCUGAGCCAGGGUCAAACCAAGGGCCCUGACCCUCUGCAGGGAGAUGACUCUGAGUUGCCUGCGCGACUCUUCGGCCAAGAGAUUACAGACGAUGAGCGGCGUGACCUCAUCACCAAGGCUUAUGAGCAGCUCAAGACGUCAUAUAAGAAGUUCCUAAGACCAGAGGGCACCAAGGAGUCCCCAGCCAAGACCUGCCGUGACCUGUCAUACACCCACCCUGACCUGCCCAGCGGCGAGUACUGGGUAGAUCCUAAUGAAGGCGACGUGAAGGACGCCAUUGUAGUACACUGUGACAUGGAACAGAAGGCUACGUGUGUCUUAGCUCAGCCCAGCACGACACAGGAGUACAACUGGGUGGGAAGAAGCUCUGGCAUCACCUGGCUGGGAGAAGACAUCGAUCCAGGAUUUGAGUUUACAUACAAGGCGGACAGCAACCAAAUGCGCUUCCUGCAGCUUCUCUCCUCUGAGGCGUGGCAGCAGCUGACCUACCACUGCAAGAACUCAGUGGCUGUGUUCGAUGCUACCAGAAGGAAUCUACGCAGCGCAAUGCAAAUCAUGACAGCAGCGGACACGGAGCUGAAGGCUAGAGGCAACAGGAAGUUUAGAUAUCGAGUGAUAGAGGAUGGCUGCAGGACAAAGUCCAGCACUUGGUCCAGCACGAAGAUUGAGUACCGCACAAACAAGGCCCAGCGGUUACCCUUCAUGGACGUGGGUCUCCGCGAUGUAGGGAAAGCUGACCAGGCAUUCAAGAUUGAACUGAGCCACGUCUGUUUCUCAUAGGGCUCAUAGGGCUCAUAGGGAAAUAGACGCCGGCGGGAGGGGACGGUGGACAGAAGGUUGGGUUUGAGUGACGGGGAAUAGAAGUGUUCAACUGCGGUGGACAGUGUCGGCGAGGGAUGAAAAUAAAUGAAUAUCGAUCUCCGGUUCCCUGUCGGCGGCUCUGUCCCUCUCGCUCCCGUCCCUGAACCCUGCCACGCCCGCCGCCCUCUCCCGCUAUGAUUUGUUGAUUUUUUUGUAUCAUUAUCUUUAAGUAAAACCGCUCGCCGCUCUCGCACUCAAUCUUUCCUGUUGUUUUCCAGUGUUCCUACUUUCCUUCCUUCAUUUUCUUUCCUCGUAGGUUAAUACAAGGACACUUGCUGAUGAAGUAAAGCGCCGUGAAAAUACAAAGUACGUACAGUGUAAAAGUUGUUCGAGGAAGAAGAAAGAAAGAGAAAAAGAGUAAUAGAAAAUAUUUAAAGACGUGUUUGUAUAGAGACAAUAACUCUAACUGUGUACAUUUUGUAUAUUGACAAAUGAGUGUUGUUUUUAGCCGCCCCCAGUCUCUCAGUCGGGAGGAAAAAAAAAAAAAAACUUUCUACAUGAAACUUUUUAUGUAGGUUUUGUAAAUUUAUAAAAAUAUAAUAACGAAGGGGA